AUGGCCUCUUCCGGUGAUCAGCUGCCAAAAAUGCAAUACCGUUUCCUUGGUCGGUCUGGACUACAAGUGUCUGCAAUUUCACUUGGAGGGUGGGUCACAUACGGGGAUGCAGUGGGAGAUGAGAUUGCUUUCGAAUGCAUGAAAGCGGCCUAUGAUGCUGGAAUCAAUUUCUUCGACUGCGCUGAAGGUUAUGCCGACGGCAAAUCCGAAGUUGUCAUGGGCAAGGCGAUCAAGAAAUAUGGUUGGAAGCGCAACGAUCUGGUCAUCUCGACUAAGGUCUAUUGGGGUCAAGCUCAUGGAGAUAACCCGGUCAACAAUGGCGGUCUCUCCCGGAAACAUAUCAUUGAAGGAGUGGAGGGAUCACUCAAGCGACUGCAGCUAGACUACGUCGACCUGAUCUACUGUCAUCGCCCAGACAGACACACUCCGAUCGAGGAAACUGUUCGAGCCAUGAACUAUAUCAUCAACACCGGAAAAGCAUUUUACUGGGGAACCAGCGAGUGGAACAGUGAGGAAAUCGCCAUGGCCUGGGCUUGUGCAGAACGGCUCAACUUGAUUGGACCUGUCAUGGAGCAACCGGAGUAUAGCAUGUUGGCCCGUGAUCGAGUCGAACGAGAAUAUGCCCUGCUGUACGAGAAUUACGGACUUGGCCUGACCAUCUUCAGUCCGCUCAAGCAGGGUAUCUUGACGGGCAAAUACAACGACGGUAUCCCCGAAGACAGCAGAAUUGCCAAAGCCGCAGACGGCUUUACCGCGUCCCAAAGAGAGAGCUACGGGAAUGAGCAAUGGAAGAAGCUUCUGGCUCAAGUCAAACAACUGAAGCCGAUAGCUGACAAGCUGGGUACUGAUCAGGCAACUCUGGCGUUGGCUUGGGUACUGAAGAACCCGCGGGUGAGCUCUGCCAUCACUGGAGCAUCAGAGGUGGAACAGAUCACGAAAUCCAUCAAGGCGUUGGAUCUGGUUGCUAAGUUGGAUGACGCUGUGAUGGCUGAGAUCGAUGAGUUCAUCAGCUAUUUCAACUUGAACCAUGUUUAA